AUGCCGUCAUCCCACCUGGACGUCGACCCCGAGAAGGGCCCCGACCUCGACCCCCGGACGUACGCCAUCGACGGGCCCGACGUCACCGCCGACGGGCGCGUGAAUGACGCCACUGUUCGAGGGGCUGCCGAGGCGGACGCUUCGCGGCGCGGGCCCAGCGGUGGCGGCGGGUUGUUGGCCAGGCUGCGAGACUUCGAGGCGCAGAUGGACGCCAAGUUUGGCGUCGAGUCCGAAGCCAUCGAGCGCAAGCGCCCGGAAGACAGGCGCCCCGUCUCGUGGACCGAGGAGCUGUCCAUGGCCCUGCUCUGGGCCAGCGGCGUCAUGAACACGUCGUGCUUCGCGACGGGCUUCCUGGGCUCGCAGUUUGGCCUGAGCUUGAAACUAUCGAUCCUGAUCACCAUCUUGUCUUCCGUCGCCGGCGGCGCUGUGAGCGGCUACUGUGCGACGUUUGGUGCCGCGAUGGGCCUCCGACAGAUCAGCGUCAGUCGGUACAGCUUCGGCUGGUGGCCGAACAAGCUCGUUGCCAUUCUCAACUGCAUCCAGCAGAUUGGCUGGGCUGCCGUGCAGUGCAUCACCGGAGGGCUGGCGCUGACGGCUGUAUCGGACGGCAGCGUCUCUCUCAUCCUCGGCGUGGUGAUUCUGGCCGUGAUUGCGCUCCUCAUCUCACUCGUGGGCCUCAACACGAUCCUCGUGUACGAGCGCUACGCCUGGAUCAUCUUCUUCGUCAUCUUCCUCAUCAUAUUCGGCGAAACCGGCAGGUUCGCCGAUAACACGACGCCGUCUUCGGUGACCGGAGCGACGCUCGCUGGCUCCGUCCUCAGUUUGAUUGCGACGGUAUACGGCUCGAGCGCGUCUUGGAGCACCAUCACCAGCGACUACUACGUCCACUACCCGGCCAAUGUCAGUCGGAUCAAGGUCUUUCUGAUGACUACCUUUGGUAUUGCGAUUCCCACCACGAUCGGCAUGGUGGCGGGUUGCGUCGUUGCCUCGACCUUUACCAACAGGCCCGACUGGGGCGACACUUACGCAAACCGGGGCAUCGGCUACCUCAUCCAAGACAUGCUGUAUCCCAGAGGCUUCGCCAAGUUUCUCCUCACGCUGCUCGUCCUGUCGGGCGUCAACAACAUGGUCAUGAACCUCUACAGCGCCGCAAUCUCUUUCCAGCAACUCGCGCGCCCAUGCGCUCAGGUGCCACGCAUCAUAUGGACGUUGUUCUGCUUUGUUUGCAUCAUGGCGCUAGCCAUCGGCGGCAGAGCCAAUCUCAACGACUAUCUCGUCAACUUCUUGAGUCUGCUUGGCUACUGGUGCACCAGCUAUGCCAUAAUACUAUUUGAAGAGCAUGUCUUCUUUCGGAACCGGACAUUUGGAAACUACAACCUGGAGGGAUGGAACGACCCCGCCAAACUACCGUUGGGAAUCGCCGCCGCCGUGGCAUUCCUGUUGGGCGUGGCGUCCUGGUGCAUGGGAAUGAGUCAAACCUGGUUUGUUGGACCGCUGGCAAAGAAAAUCGGAGCCAACGGUGGGGAUGUCGGCAACGAGAUGACUUUUGUAGUGACGGCCCUGAGCUAUGUUCCGGCGAGAUACCUGGAACUCAAAUUCAUCGGACGCUGA